AAAAUUCCACAAUAAAAAUAACAUUAUUCAAUUGAAUUUUUCCAUCUCGAUUAAAGUGAAGAAAUUGUCUUGACAGUUUCAGUUUCAAUAUUUAUUUCAAAAGGAUACUUAUCCUCAAACCCAUAAGUCGUUUUCCAGCUGGAAAAACUGAUUUCCUUACCUUCAACCUAAAUAUUUCAUGCAAGAACGAACAACGAAGCAUGAGACCAUACAGGAAUGAAAGUAAAUGGAAUUUAACCCUAUAAUACAAGAAGACGUUGCAAGGUGUCUCCAUCUUGACGUGAAAUUGAAUACCCGACAGAUUACCUGUUCACUAGGGGUUGAUGUGACAGUUGAACUGUCAUAUCGAUCUGGAAAGUUUACGCCAGAAUUUUUAUGAACGACAUCGUUGCCAUAGCAAAGCUUCUGCAUCGUUACUGGCAAUGUGACGUCACUCGCACCACGAAGUCUAGCAAGGUAUAGGGGUUGCAGAAUUGCGUCUUCCGCGCACGCGCAAAACUCGUUGAAGUUCUCCGGGCUAUCAAACAGUGGGCGCUAAGUUCAAAAAUUCAGAGUCAAAAGUGCCGGAUGGAAGUCAAAAUCUUGAGUUGGGUUGACGUAACGAAAAAGACGUGUUAGAUCGAAGGAAAGAGGGAUAUGCUUUUGGAGUGGCUGUUCCAGUUAAGAAAUCGCGUGUGCCUCGGAAUGUGCGUCAGGUGCUUGGAUAAGCAGCAAGAGCGCCAGGGAAAAAUCGAAAAAUUAUCAGGAAAAUACAGCAAUAAAUGAAGACCAAUAUUCCGUAUGAUUUUACCAGGAUUUUCAUUCGUAACAAACACAGUUGACGUUAGUAAUGUUUUUGGUCUCAAAAGUUGUGCAAACUGAGUACAAGGUAUCGUGGGGGCCUAGGAGUGAAAAGAAAUGUCCGUCGUCUCUGACUCAUUUUCCGAAGAGGAGCGAAGCUUAUUCCGUCCAUUCACAAGAGAGUCGUUGGCAGUUAUACAAGCUCGAAUCGCAGAAGAACAUGCUAAACAGAAGGAGCUCGAAAAGAAAAGAGCUGAGGGAGAGACAGGCUUUGGACGUGGCACAAAGAAAAAAGAAAUUCGGUAUGAAGACGAGGACGAAGAUGAAGGUCCACAGCCCGAUCCAACACUGGAGCAGGGCUUGCCACUACCGGUACGUUUGCACGGGAGUUUUCCACCAGAAUUAUCGAGUACCCCGCUCGAAGACAUCGACCCUUUUUAUCACAACCAAAUGACUUUCGUAGUAGUUAGUAAAGGAAAGGAUAUAUUCCGAUUCAGCGCAACAAAUGCUAUGUGGAUGCUUAAUCCAUUCAAUCCUAUACGCCGGGUAGCCAUUUAUAUUUUAGUGCAUCCUUUAUUUUCUCUCUUCAUCAUCACCACCAUCCUUGUCAACUGCAUCCUCAUGAUAAUGCCCACAACACCAACAGUUGAAUCUACCGAGGUGAUAUUUACUGGUAUUUAUACAUUCGAGUCAGCAGUCAAGGUGAUGGCCAGAGGUUUUAUACUUCAACCGUUCACCUACCUUAGAGAUGCAUGGAACUGGCUAGACUUCGUAGUCAUAGCUUUAGCCUAUGUUACUAUGGGCAUAGACCUUGGAAAUCUUGCUGCCUUGAGAACUUUUAGGGUACUUCGAGCAUUGAAAACUGUAGCCAUAGUUCCAGGUCUGAAAACAAUCGUUGGUGCUGUAAUAGAAUCAGUGAAAAAUCUACGGGAUGUGAUAAUUUUAACGAUGUUUUCCCUUUCUGUUUUUGCGCUUAUGGGUUUGCAAAUUUAUAUGGGUGUACUGACUCAGAAAUGUAUAAAAAAUUUUCCAAUGGAUGGCUCCUGGGGAAAUCUCACAGAUGAAAAUUGGGAUAGAUUCAUGUCAAAUGAGACCAAUUGGUUCUUUGAUGAGGUGAAGGGAGAGAUACCAUUAUGUGGGAAUUCCUCAGGAGCCGGACAAUGCAAACCAGGUUAUACGUGUUUACAAGGAUAUGGAGACAACCCUAACUAUGGUUACACAAGUUUCGACACGUUUGGUUGGGCCUUCCUUUCCGCUUUCAGACUGAUGACUCAAGAUUAUUGGGAAAAUUUGUAUCAACUGGUAUUGAGAUCAGCAGGACCCUGGCACAUGUUAUUCUUUAUCGUUAUCAUAUUCUUAGGUUCGUUUUAUUUGGUUAAUUUGAUAUUGGCCAUCGUCGCAAUGUCUUAUGAUGAAUUACAAAAGAAGGCAGAAGAGGAGGAAGCUGCUGAAGAAGAAGCAAUUAGGGAAGCAGAAAACAAAGCACAAGAAAAGGCUAACAGGGCCGGAGCUAGGGCAGCAGCAGCACAACAAGCAGCAGAUGAUGCAGCUGCAGCAGCCGCAGCUGCUGCUGCCGGCUUCACCAAGUCUCCUUCUGAUUUCUCAGACCACAGUUACGAACUCUUUGUUGGUCAAGAGAAAGGAUACGAUGACAACAACAAGGAAAGAAUAAGCAUUAGAUCUGAAGGAUUAGAUUCUGUGAGUGAACAAAGAAGAAUCCCUACCAAUCCAAACAAGAUGCGGAAAGUCAGCGCUGCAAGCCUAAGUCUUCCAGGCUCACCAUUCAAUCUUCGUCGUGGUUCACGUGGUAGCCAUCAAUUUACCAUGAGAACUAAUAGAAGAAUGGUAGCACCACCUAGUGAUCGAAAGCCUUUAGUUUUGUCAACAUACCUGGAUGCACAAGAACAUUUGCCUUAUGCCGAUGACUCCAAUGCAGUCACACCUAUGAGUGAAGAAAAUGGUGCUAUGGUCGUUCCAUUAUAUUACACGAAUCUUGGUUCCCGACAUUCAUCUUAUACCUCGCACGCGUCGCGCAUGUCAUAUACUUCCCAUGGUGAUCUACUUGGAGGUUUUGGAAGCAAUGGCAAAGUCAUGACUAAAGAAAGUCAACUCAGGGGUCGAUCUAAGAGAAAUGGACCUACGUCCACCAAUAAUUACACAGAGCUAGCUCAGAAAACACACAGAGGCGAUUAUGAUGGACCAACUGGGCAGCUAUGUGAAAAUAAGCUGAAAGACAAUCCUUUUGUUGAUUCUUCUCAACAACAAACCAUGGUCGAUAUGAAAGAUGUUAUGGUCUUGAAUGAUAUUAUAGAGCAAGCUGCUGGACAGCAAAGUGUGGCAAGUGAACACGGAGUUUCUGUUUAUUAUUUCUCAGCCAAAGAUGACGAUGAGGAAGAAGAACCAACGUUCCGAGAACGUUUUCUAGAAACAGCUAUCAAGGUUAUCGAUAUGUUUUGUGUUUGGGACUGUUGUUGGUGUUGGCUUCAGAUACAAAAAUAUGUAGCCCUUGUUGUUUUUGAUCCAUUUGUUGAACUGUUCAUCACCCUAUGCAUUGUCGUAAAUACAUUGUUCAUGGCGCUGGAUCACCAUGAUAUGGACAAAGAUCUUGACAAGGCAUUGAAGAGUGGAAACUAUUUCUUUACGGCUACAUUUAUGAUUGAAGCAACGAUGAAGCUGAUAGCUAUGAGUCCAAAAUAUUAUUUUCAAGAAGGAUGGAAUAUAUUCGACUUUAUUAUUGUAGCUUUAUCUCUAUUGGAAUUGGGUUUAGAAGGUGUCCAGGGUUUGUCUGUAUUACGUUCAUUCAGAUUGUUGAGGGUCUUCAAAUUGGCAAAGUCUUGGCCAACAUUGAAUUUACUUAUUUCCAUCAUGGGAAGAACUAUGGGUGCUUUAGGUAAUCUAACAUUUGUGCUGUGUAUCAUUAUUUUCAUCUUUGCCGUCAUGGGUAUGCAGUUAUUCGGUAAAAACUAUACAGAUAAUAUGGAUCGGUUUCCUGAUGGAGAUCUUCCAAGAUGGAAUUUUACCGAUUUCAUGCAUUCCUUUAUGAUAGUAUUCAGAGUGUUGUGUGGAGAAUGGAUAGAAUCAAUGUGGGAUUGUAUGCUUGUUGGAGAUGUAUCUUGUAUACCUUUUUUUCUCGCUACAGUUGUUAUUGGGAAUCUUGUGGUGCUCAACCUCUUCUUAGCCUUGCUUUUGAGUAACUUUGGAUCGUCCAAUUUGUCUGCUCCUACAGCUGACAAUGAUACCAAUAAAAUAGCAGAGGCUUUUGACAGAAUAGGACGAUUUAUUGGUUGGAUCAAGGGUAGCGUUUCACAUAUCGCUAAAGUGAUAAGGUUCAAGCUUACGAAUCAAAUAAGUGAUCAGCCUCCAGGUGAGGGACCAUCCAACAGUUGGAAACAAGAUGCAAGGGAUGGAGUUCUCGAAAUGUCAGGUGACGAGAUUCUAGCCGAUGGUAUGAUCUUCAAAAAUAAGAAAAGCACAAAAGAUCGGCUAGAAGUCACCAUUGGAGAUGGCAUGGAAUUCACAAUACAUGGCGACUCCAAAACGAACUUCAGAAAAGGCAAAAAUAAUAUCAAUAACAAAAUGAAAGCAAUAGGUAACUCCAUUUUGGAACAUGGUGAUUUAUUUGCCAAUUUAGAUGACGAUGAAAUUAGUAUCAAAUCCUAUGGAAGUCAUAAACAUAGGUUCAAGGAAGAGAGCCAUAAAGGCAGUGCAGAUGUAUUAGACGAUCAUGAGGAGAAAAGAGAUGCCUGUAAAGAAGAAUUGGGUAUCGAUGAAGAUGCAGAUGAAGAAGAAUGCGAUUGUGAAGGACCUCUGGAUGAGGAUCUCAUAAUAGACGCGGCUACAGAAGACAUUAUACUGGACGAGUAUUCAGCGGACUGUUUUCCUGAAAAUUGUUAUAAAAGAUUCCCAUUCUUGGCAGGUGACGAAGACUCACCUUUCUGGCAAGGAUGGGCAAAUUUAAGAUUCAAAACGUUCGAACUUAUCGAAAAUACGUAUUUUGAAACGGCUGUUAUCACUAUGAUUUUACUAAGCAGUUUGGCGUUAGCUUUAGAAGACGUACAUUUACAGCACAGGCCUAUAUUACAAGAUAUCCUUUAUUACAUGGAUAGAAUUUUCACAGUUAUAUUUUUCUUCGAGAUGUUGAUCAAGUGGUUAGCACUUGGGUUCCAGAAAUAUUUCACAAACGCAUGGUGCUGGCUGGAUUUUAUAAUUGUUAUGGUAUCGUUGAUAAAUUUUGUGGCAUCCUUAUGUGGUGCUGGAGGUAUUCAAGCCUUCAAAACAAUGAGAACACUCAGGGCAUUGAGGCCAUUACGCGCCAUGUCCAGAAUGCAAGGUAUGAGAGUGGUGGUCAACGCCUUGGUACAAGCCAUACCAUCUAUUUUCAAUGUGCUGUUGGUAUGCUUGAUAUUCUGGUUGAUAUUUGCCAUCAUGGGGGUACAGCUUUUUGCAGGGAAAUACUUCAAGUGUGUAGAUGCAAAUAAAACAUCGUUGAGCUACGAAAUCAUACCAGACUACAACGCUUGUGUAGCUGAAAAUUACACUUGGCUCAAUUCACCUAUGAACUUCGACCACGUGGGGAAGGCUUAUCUGUGUCUCUUUCAAGUAGCCACCUUCAAAGGGUGGAUACAGAUCAUGAACGAUGCGAUAGAUUCUAGAGAAGCUUUAAAACAACCAAUCAGAGAAACCAAUAUUUACAUGUACCUGUAUUUUGUAUUCUUCAUUAUAUUCGGCUCGUUCUUCACUCUCAACCUGUUUAUAGGAGUAAUUAUCGACAACUUCAAUGAGCAGAAAAAGAAGGCAGGAGGAUCCCUAGAGAUGUUCAUGACUGAAGAUCAGAAGAAAUACUACAAUGCCAUGAAGAAAAUGGGCUCGAAGAAACCGAUGAAGGCAAUUCCAAGGCCUAGGUGGAGGCCACAAGCCAUCGUGUUUGAGAUAGUGACGAACAAGAAGUUCGACAUGUUCAUAAUGUUGUUCAUCGGACUGAACAUGUUGACAAUGACGAUGGAUCAUUACCAGCAAGAAGUUACAUUCACAAAGGUGCUAGAUGCACUCAAUAUGAUAUUUAUAGUUAUAUUCAGUACAGAGUGCCUCAUGAAAAUAUUUGCUCUUCGUUAUCAUUAUUUUACGGAACCAUGGAACUUAUUCGAUUCAGUGGUAGUGAUAUUAUCAAUAUUGGGACUGGUACUGAGCGAUUUGAUUGAGAAAUAUUUUGUGUCACCUACACUUCUUCGAGUGGUUCGUGUAGCUAAAGUAGGUCGUGUUUUGCGAUUGGUCAAAGGAGCAAAGGGCAUUCGCACAUUGCUUUUUGCGUUAGCUAUGUCACUGCCUGCACUGUUCAACAUUUGUUUACUGCUGUUCCUGGUCAUGUUUAUUUUUGCCAUUUUCGGGAUGUCUUUCUUCAUGAACGUCAAGGAUAAGAGUGGCCUCGACGACGUGUACAACUUCAAGACUUUCGGACAAUCGAUGAUCCUCCUAUUUCAGAUGUCCACAUCGGCAGGUUGGGAUGGAGUCCUAGAUGGCAUCAUAAACGAAGAGGACUGCAAACUGCCAGACAACGAGAUAGGCGAAACAGGAAACUGCGGAAAUUCGACAAUAGGCAUCGCUUUCCUGCUCAGUUACCUUGUGAUUUCGUUCUUGAUCGUUAUAAACAUGUACAUCGCAGUGAUAUUGGAGAAUUACUCACAAGCAACGGAAGACGUGCAAGAAGGUUUGACAGAUGACGAUUACGAUAUGUAUUAUGAAAUUUGGCAACAGUUCGAUCCAGAUGGGACUCAAUACAUUCGUUACGAUCAAUUGUCUGACUUUCUGGAUGUGCUUGAGCCACCCUUGCAAAUUCACAAACCAAACAAAUACAAGAUAGUUUCGAUGGAUAUACCAAUUUGCAAGGGUGAUCUCAUGUUCUGUGUAGAUAUUCUAGAUGCUCUUACGAAAGACUUCUUCGCACGUAAAGGUAAUGCGAUUGAAGAGACGGCUGAAUUAAAUGAAGUGCAAUCUAAACCCAACGAACAAGGCUACGAGCCUGUAAGUUCCACAUGUUGGAGGCAGAGGGAAGAAUAUUGCGCUAGACUGAUUCAGAACGCUUGGCGGAAGCACAAGCAGAAUAGAGGUGAUGGACCAACCAAUCGUUCAGACGAUUCAGGUGCCGACAGCAAGUCUGAAGGUGAUGGAGAGCUUGAAGGUCGCCAGACUGCUGUUCUCGUUGAGAGCGAUGGGUUCAUCACAAAAAACGGCCACAAAGUCGUGCUUCAUAGUAGGACUCCAAGUAUCAGCUCACGAUCUGCUGAUGUUUGAGAAAGGCCUCGCCCCUCCCUGACCUUCUCUUAGCCAGGUCUAUACACCCAAGUGACCACAGAAUAGUUUAUCCUGGACAAAUUUGUAUGAUUUUAUACAUCGAAUAUAAUGUGCAAUAUUUCAUACCCUUCUAGCGUUGUGUUGUUUUUCAACUAAUCGGCGAAUUCGUCCAAGAUAAAUUGUGGCAACAGUUUGUGCUGUGUAGUUUGAUGAAGAAGGUAUCUCUUUCCUUUUCAACAGUUAUAAUUCAGACAGUCGUUGAUCACUGAGACAGUUAAAUUUUAUCAGUACGCAACACCUCUACAACCUCAUACACAAAACACAACAAGAAAGGUACAAGGAUCACCUUUUCAGUUCAGUUCAUUAAAGCAAUCAGAAUAAUCAUUCAGUUGGUCAGCCUGAAGUAGCAACUCACAUAACAUAAACAAUUUAUUCCUUCCUUAUUGUUUCAUGAUUAACAUAACAUCAUUCUUAUUCCGAAACAUUAGGAAUGUAAAAGUCAAUUCUUUUUUAUUGCUUUGAAUUUUUUGCAUGGUCAAAAAAUGUUUUGUACAUAUACACUAUUUGUCAUCUUAUUCCACUAUGUCGGAUAAAGAAUUCUGGAUGUUGUUGAAAGAUUGGCGCAAAAGAAACACGAUAUGAAAACCAAGAAUACAUUGGAUUGAACAGUUCCCAAGUAUUUCCAUUAGUUUCUUCGUUUCAAGGAUGGUUACAUGCGUCAAUUUUUCAAUCGAUAUCAAGCUAACAAAGUAACAUAUUCAACACAACUGAGAGAUGGAGCACAACAUUAAAGCAAUUUUGAAGAGGACUGAUAAAUUUAUAUCGAAUUGUAUGAUAGUUAUGGUGCUUUCUUCAACUGCUAUUUAUAUAUCAAAGCUAUCUUCACUUACUACAUGACUUACUUAAAUAACGGAAGGAGGGGCGAACGAAGAACAUUGCAAAUUUAUCAAAUUAUGCCUACCACAAUAGUUAUAUUUACACAGUGUUAUGCGUGACAUUUUUCGAAUAACUGCUAGCACAACCUCUGGACUAUUUCUAAAGAUGUGUGCUUAACUUUUAUUUAGCAUUCGAUGAGGUUAACACCAAUAAGCACAAAUCAUUUUUGAAUUAAAUCGCAUUUGUAGCAACAUAGAAAAAGGUGGAAGCCUAAAAUAUAAACUUCAUUUCUUUAAAAAAAAAUGUCACUCAUAUAUUUUCGAAAAUAAUUUCAUCAUAAUUAAGCCACGUUUAUAAAACUUUUUACGCCCCUGUUGUUUGAUAUUUUCGGUGGCGAUACAAAUUUUAUUCGUUUUUUCUAUUCACUGAUUGUUGAGAGAAGUGCUAUUUUUCCCAGAUAGCAUGUUUCGCAUGAGUUUUUACAAUUUUAUUCAGCACACGAAGCAGCUUGAUGGAUAUUGAAACUGUUUUUUAGGUUGUAUAUUUCAGUAAUUAUUUACUGGAAGAAUAGGAAGGCUAGUUGAAAACGAUAUAUCGUUAUUAAAACAAUUAGUAUACAUUUCAUUCAAAGUUAUAUACUUUGCAUAUAGAUCAAUGAUUGUUGCUGUAGCAUUCGAUGUAAUAUCAAAUUACCACAGAAAUUCAUUAUAGAAAAACAAAUAAUAGAUAUAGCCUCAAAACGAAGCCAGUGUGAAAAUAAAAAGAAAACAUCUAGUGUUGCAGUAACAAAACUACAGUUAUUUGUAUACUUUUCUUUAUGGAAAUAAUUUUAAGUGAGUGAUAACCAAUCACGAACAUUAUAAAAACUAUAAGAUCAAAUUACUUCGUCUUAUUUAGUAGGCAAGAAAUAUUCUUCACCUUUGAAAAUAGCCGAAAAAAUGUUGAUAGGUUCGAUUUUUGUUUUAUAUGUUUCUCAAGUAUCAAGUGGUUAAACUAUGUGUAUGUAUAUUUAGUGAAAAUUUUUGUUUCACCAACAAUUCAAAAUUCUAGGUUUCCGUUAUAAAGCAGUUCAUAAAAUCGGAAGGAUAUUUCUUGUUUGUCUUUAGAGGGUAGAAGCUGCAAAUUUUAUUUUCGGAUACAUCUGAAACCUUCCCCAGAAUCUUUAAAGAAUAUAUACACAUUUAUCAUUGAGAUUUUUGUUAGUGUAAAAGAUACUUGUUGUUUAAAUGAAUAACAAUCGUUUUAAGAGUGUUAUCAUUUUUCAUUUUUAAGUUAACUUGAAAAAUAACAAAAUAUUUCAAACUACAUGGUGCUGUGAAAAAAUUUUUGUGUGUUAUAUUUGAAAUCUAAAUAGUAUGGUCAUUACUAAUUUUACUGAAACUUGAAUUGGUAUAUGACCUCAUUCAUAAACAAUGUAAUUCUUUUCGAGUAGGUAUUAAAAAUGGAAAUUUCAGGGGAGAUUCAACUGUUAACAAAAACUUCCAAAAUGUGUUAAUUCUAGCAUUUAUUGCUAUGAUAUGACACAAAUAGAAAUAAAAUGAUGGCAAACAUGGCACUAUGCACUAUUAUGUGAAUGGACUAAUUGCUCAAUUGUAUUUCCAAUUUGAAGCAGUUGAUUAUUUUCAUUGAUAUUGAAUGUUUCAAUAAAACAUUAACUACAUAAUGGUGCAUAAUCAGCAUGUUCUAUUUGAUGAUUCUGUAUAAUACGACAAUUUUAGCUGGAAGACUAAAGUAAUAUCAACCUGAAACAUUUUCAUAUUAUAAUAUCGAAUAUAGAUUGCUUCAGCUAUUUUUGUCAACCAAUAAAUUCUUAUCAGCUAUAAGAUGGAAAGUGUCAAACAGAAGCUUGGUGAAAAAUUAAAUCUCUUAAUAUUCUUUUCAAUAAAUUAUAAGCACAUCAUAUAAAAUUAAUCUGUAAGGAUAUGAUUCCGAUCAGCUAUGUUAAGACUUGAAGCUUGAAUUUUCAGUUUAGAAAAACUUCUGAGGAUAUUUUUUAUAUUUAUCCAUCUGUACUUUUGACUAUGAUAGAAAUGUAGGAGAGAAUAUUUCAUCUGGCUCUUUGAUAACAAGAAAAUAUCUAUUAUUAAAAUUAAAGCUUUGAAAAUCAAAUUGUGCAAUAACACGUCUCUUCAGAUCAAACCUUCCAUUUCAUCAUAGUCAAGAAAUAAAAUAUAGAAAAUAAAUCCCAAUUCAACUGAUCUAAAGAUUAUUUUGAUGAAAGAUACAGAGGUGCCUUUCGAUAAUGAACUUAAUGAUAAUAUGUCAAAGUUUAUUUAUCUGGUUUAUAGGACAAACAUUAGCUUGACGUCAAGAGGCAAAAAAAUAAUCAUUCUUAGGAUCCUAUUGAAAUUAUAGAAACUCUCUUAUGCUUAUUAAAAAAAUAAAAAUCAGUUCCUUAUCUAGCGAUCCAGUUAUAAUUUUUAAGUGAAUGAAAUUAAAAAAUAGGAAAAUAUUGUGCCCAGCCUCUCAAUUAAAAUAGUUGGUCGUUUGGGGCUAAUGCCCGGUAAAAGGUAAUGGACUACUUUUGAAAAGAAUAUGAGAAAAAUUUGUUAAAACUCACCUCAUUUUCUAAUGCAAUUUAGAAGUGAUGAAUGCUUAUGUCAAAGAGCAUCCCUGCUCAGUUCAUCACUUCAUUGAAUCCAUCACCACAAAAUAAAAAACUACUGCGAUUAAGAUAUAUAUGGAUACACCUCCUUUGUUAAAAAAUAAUCCACUGUUGAAAAUUUACAAUUGUUUCCAAGUGUCCAUUCAUAAAUCUAAAAAAAGGCUAUGAAACUAAAGCUAUUCACCCAAAAACACAAGGUUAACAUUCUGCACAUGUCUGUAUUUGUGCUUUUUCAUAUUUUGCAUAAAUUUUUCACUCGUGAGAAAUAUGUAGAUAUAUGUGUGACGUGGACAUAACAUUAUAUCUACCAUUCAAAAAGAAAAUUUAUUCAUGUAAUAUAAUAAAAAAAAACAAUAGUAUUACGACAUACAUACAUAUAAUUUUUCUAAGCAAUCGUUGUUUUUAGGGGUAGCUAUUGAUAUAUUUAAGAUUUAGUUUAUAAGCUUUGCGAAAAAUUAAAGCGAUUUCGAUUUA